UGCUAAACAAAGGUAAGUAAGGUAAACACAGGUUCAGUAAGGUAAUGAUCAUAAGGCAUGCUCUGAACGAGCUGGCACAAACACAGUUAGACUGCCAGUAAGGUGAAUUAUUUUUUUCCCAUCCGCAUUCUGACAAACCUGCUCAACUGGAACCAAAAUGCAUUCCUCCCACAACGUCGGCAAAAAGUGAAACUAUCAUUAUUUUUCAGCUGAAAGACAAUCAACCUCAACUACACAUCGGACAGAGGAAACUGGACAAAGAGAGGGACUGACAUGGCAGCUGGUGUUGUGACCUCUCAUCAUGGGGAGGAGCACCGUCUCUCAGAGCUGAGGAUUGUGCUGCUGGGGGGGAGACUGAGUGGGAAGAGUUCAGCAGGAAACACCAUCCUCGGCAGAGAGGAGUUUGAGUCCGGAGUAAGAACUGCACAGUGUGUGAAGAGACGGGGGGAAGUUGCUGGGAGACAGGUCACUGUGGUCGACACACCAGGCUGGUGGGUGACAUAUUCUGUGAAGGACACUGCAGAGCUGGAUAAACAGGAGAUUGUACGCAGCGUGUCUCUGUGUCCCCCGGGACCCUGCGCUCUCUUCCUGGUCAUUAAUGUGAGCUCAGCGUUCGGAGAGGAACACCAGAGAUCAGCGGUGGAACACCUGGAGCUUCUCAGUGAAAGAGUCUGGAGACACACUAUAGUGCUGUUCACCAGGGGAGACUGGCUGGGAGACACAACCAUUGAGCAGCACAUUGAGACUGAAGGGAGGGCCCUCCAAGAGCUCAUAGAGAAAUGUGGGAACAGGUAUCAUGUUCUCAACAAUAAGAACAGGGCUGAUGGGACUCAGGUCACAGAGCUGCUGGAGAAGAUAGAGGAGAUGGUGGCAGGGCAUGGAGGCUUUCUCUAUGAAGUAGAUAGAAUGCUCUUACAGGAGGUGGAAGAGAAGAGGAGGGCAGUGGAACAGCGAGUGAAACAGAGGAUGACGAAGGUUCAGAUGCAGAGAAAGACUCUCAGAGCACUUUUUGAGGGGGAGGAGCACCGUCUCUCAGAGUUGAGGAUUGUGCUGCUGGGGGGGAGACUGAGUGGGAAGAGUUCAGCAGGAAACACCAUCCUGGGCAGAGACGAGUUUGAGUCUGGAAUAAGAACUGCACAGUGUGUGAAGAGACAGGGUGAAGUAGCUGGGAGACAGGUCACUGUGGUGGACACACCAGGCUGGUGGAAUAAUUAUUCUGUGAAUAGCACUGCAGAGCUGGAUAAGCAGGAGAUUGUGCGCAGUGUGUCUCUGUGUCCCCCGGGACCCUGCGCUCUCUUCCUGGUCAUUGAUGUGAGCUCAUCAUUCAGAGAGAGACACAGGAGAUCAGCGGUGAAACACCUGGAGCUUCUCAGUGAGAGAGUCUGGAGACACACUAUAGUGCUGUUCACCAGGGGAGACUGGCUGGGAGACACAACCAUUGAGCAGCGCAUUGAGACUGAAGGGAGGGCCCUCCAAGAGCUCAUAGAGAAAUGUGGGAACAGGUACCAUGCUCUCAACAAUAAGAACAGGGCUGAUGGGACUGAGGUCACAGAGCUGCUGGAGAAGAUAGAGGAGAUGGUAGCCAGGAACACAGGUGUUCCCUUCAGUAUAGAGGAGAGAGACAGAGACGGCAAAUUUAUAGGAAAGAAAAUGGUUCAACAGAAGAGCUUUGAAGAGGAAUGGAGCAGAAGGGAGGAAGAGCUGAUAGAGAGAAUGUCCAAGAUUGUGGUUGACUCAAAGAAAGAGGGAUCCACACUGCCAUUCAAGAGGAGAAGCAGCUUGGAUAUUCUUCUACCUUCUUUGAGUGGAGGGACUCCAGCCCCCUCUGAAGCAGGCAGCUCUGUGCGGGAUUCCCAUCCAGCUCUGAAACUUUCCAGUAGGAAGGUGUCAUGGUGGCUGAAAAGGAGUAAACCAGCGAGUUCAGCAUCAUCUGGAUACGGAACACUGAGUUCUGUAGUGAGUGAAGCAGAGGAGCCUGACAGGGUAACCCUGGAAGAGGACAGUUGCUGUUCACCUGGGGAGACUGGCUGGGAGACAGAACAGGAGGUGGAAGAGAAGAGGAGGGCAAUGGAAGAACAAGUGAAAGAGAGGAUAAUGAAGAAACAGAAACAGAGAAAAACUCUCAGAGCACUUUUUGAGGGGGAGGAGCACCGUCUCUCAGAGCUGAGGAUUGUGCUGCUGGGGGGGAGACGGAGUGGGAAGAGUUCAGCAGGAAACACCAUCCUGGGCAGAGAGGAGUUUGAGUCUGGAGUAAGAACUGCACAGUGUGUGAAGAGACAGGGUGAAGUAGCUUGGAGACAGGUCACUGUGGUCGACACACCAGGCUGGUGGACGAACUUUUCUGUGAAGGACACUGCAGAGCUGGAUAAACAGGAGAUUGUGCGCAGUGUGUCUCUGUGUCCCCCAGGACCCUGCGCUCUCUUCCUGGUCGUUGAUCUUAGCUCAGCAUUCAGAGAUACAGAGAAGAGAUCAGUGGUGGAACACCUGGAGCUUCUCAGUGACAGAGUCUGGAGACACACUAUAGUGCUGUUCACCAGGGGAGACUGGCUGGGGGACAGAACCAUUGAGCAGCACAUUGAGACUGAAGGGAGGGCCAUCCAAGAGCUCAUAGAGAAAUGUGGGAACAGGUAUCAUGUUCUCAACAAUGAGAACAGGGCUGAUGGGACUCAGGUCACAGAGCUGCUGGAGAAGAUAAAGGAGAUGAUGGCAGGGCAUGGAGGCUCUCACUAUGAAGUAGAUAGAAUGCUCUUACAGGAGGUGGAAGAGAAGAGGAGGGCAGUGGAACAGCGAGUGAAACAGAGAUUGACGAAGGUUCAGAUGCAGAGAAAGACUCUCAGAGCACUUUUUGCGGGAGAGGAGCACCAUCUCUCAGAGCUGAGGAUUGUGCUGCUGGGGGGGAGACGGAAUGGAAAGAGUUCAGCAGGAAACACCAUCCUGGGCAGAGAGGAGUUUGAGUCUGGAGUAAGAACUGCACAGUGUGUGAAGAGACAGGGUGAAGUAGCUGGGAGACAGGUCACUGUGGUCGACACACCAGGCUGGUGGAAGACAUAUUCUGUGAAUGACACUGCAGAGCUGGAUAAACAGGAGAUUGUGCGCAGUGUGUCUCUGUGUCCCCCGGGACCCUGCGCUCUCUUCCUGGUCAUUAAUGUGAGCUCAGCCUUCAGAGAGGAACACAGAAGAUCAGCGGUGGAACACCUGGAGCUUCUCAGUGACAGAGUCUGGAGACACACUGUAGUGCUGUUCACCUGGGGAGACUGGCUGGGAGACACAACCAUUGAGCAGCACAUUGAGACUGAAGGGAGGGCCCUCCAAGAGCUCAUAGAGAAAUGUGGGAACAGGUAUCAUGUUCUCAACAAUAAGAACAGGGCUGAUGGGACUCAGGUCACAGAGCUGCUGGAGAUGAUAGAGGAGAUGAUGGCAGGGCAUGGAGGCUCUCUCUAUGAAAUAGAUAGAAUGCUCUUACAGGAGGUGGAAGAGAAGAGGAGUGCAGUGGAACAGCGAGUGAAACAGAGGAUGACGAAGGUUCAGAUGCAGAGAGAGACUCUCAGAGCACUUUUUGAGGGGGAGGAGGACCAUCUCUCAGAGCUGAGGAUUGUGCUGCUGGGAGGGAGAGGGAGUGGGAAGAGUUCAGCAGGAAACACCAUCCUGGGCAGAGAGGAGUUUGAGUCUGGAAUAAGAACUGCACAGUGUGUGAAGAGACAGGGUGAAGUAGCUGGGAGACAGGUCACUGUGGUCGACACACCAGGCUGGUGGAAUAAUUAUUCUGUGAAGGACACCACAGAGCUGGAUAAGCAGGAGAUUGUGCGCAGUGUGUCUCUGUGUCCCCCGGGACCCUGUGCUCUCAUCCUGGUCAUUGAUGUUAGCUCAGCGUUCAGAGAUACAUACAGUAGACCAGCAGUGGAACACCUGGAGCUUCUCAGUGAGAGAGUCUGGAGACACACUAUAGUGCUGUUCACCUGGGGAGACUGGCUGGGAGACACAACCAUUGAGCAGCACAUUGAGACUGAAGGGAGGGCCCUCCAAGAGCUCAUAGAGAAAUGUGGGAACAGGUAUCAUGUUCUCAACAAUGAGAACAGGGCUGAUGGGACUCAGGUCACAGAGCUGCUGGAGAAGAUAGAGGAGAUGAUGGCAGGGCAUGGAGGCUCUCUCUAUGAAAUAGAUAGAAUGCUCUUACAAGAGGCAGAAGAGAAGAGGAGGACAGUGGAAGAACGAGUGAAACAGAGGAUGAUGAAGGUUCAGAAUCACAGAAAAACUCUCAGAGCACUUUUUGAGGGGGAGGAGGACCAUCUCUCAGAGCUGAGGAUUGUGCUGCUGGGGGGGAGAUGGAGUGGGAAGAGUUCAGCAGGAAACACCAUCCUGGGCAGAGAGCAGUUUGAGUCUGGAAUAAGAACUGCACAGUGUGUGAAGAGACAGGGUGAAGUAGCUGGGAGACAGGUCACUGUGGUCGACACACCAGGCUGGUGGAAGACAUAUUCUGUUAUGGACACCACAGAGCUGGAUAAGCAGGAGAUUGUGCGCAGUGUGUCUCUGUGUUCCCCGGGACCCUGCGCUCUCUUCCUGGUCAUUAAUGUGAGCGCAUCAUUCAGAGCGGAACACAGGAGAUCAGUGGUGGAACACCUGGAGCUUCUCAGUGAGAGAGUCUGGAGACACACUAUAGUGCUGUUCACCUUUGGAGACUGGCUGGGAGACACAACCAUUGAGCAGCACAUUGAGACUAAAGGGAGGGCCCUCCAAGAGCUCAUAGAGAAAUGUGGGAACAGGUAUCAUGUUCUCAACAAUGAGAACAGGGCAGAUGGGACUCAGGUCACAGAGCUGCUGGAGAAGAUAGAGGAGAUGAUGGCAGGGCAUGGAGGCUCUCUCUAUGAAAUAGAUAGAAUGCUCUUACAGGAGGUGGAAGAGAGGAGGAAGGCAGUGGAACAGGGAGUGAAACAGAGGAUGACGAAGGUUCAGAUGCAGAGAAUGACUCUCAGAGCACUUUUUGAGGGGGAGGAGGACCAUCUCUCAGAGCUGAGGAUUGUGCUGCUGGGGGGGAGAGGGAGUGGGAAGAGUUCAGCAGGAAACACCAUCCUGGGCAGAGAGGAGUUUGAGUCUGGAAUAAGAACUGCACAGUGUGUGAAGAGACAGGGUGAAGUAGCUGGGAGACAGGUCACUGUGGUCGACACACCAGGCUGGUGGAAGACAUAUUCUGUUAUGGACACCACAGAGCUGGAUAAACAGGAGAUUGUGUGCAGUGUGUCUCUGUGUCCCCCGGGACCCUGCACUCUCUUCCUGGUCAUUAAUGUGAGCUCAGCCUUCAGAGAGGAACACAGAAGAUCAGCGGUGGAACACCUGGAGCUUCUCAGUGAGAGAGUCUGGAGACACACUAUAGUGCUGUUCACCUGGGGAGACUGUCUGGGAGACACAACCAUUGAGCAGCACAUUGAGACUGAAUGCAGGGCCCUCCAAGAGCUCAUAGAGAAAUGUGGGAACAGGUAUCAUGUUCUCAACAAUGAGAACAGGGCUGAUGGGACUCAGGUCACAGAGCUGCUGGAGAAGAUAGAGGAGAUGGUAGCCAGGAACAGAGGUGUUCCCUUCACUGUAGAGAGAGACAGACAGGGCAAUUUUACAGGAAAGAAAUAUGUUCAACAGAAGAGCUUUGAAGAGGAAUGGAGUAGAAGAGAGGAGGAGCUGAUAGAGAGAAUGUCAAAGAUUGUGGUUGACUCAAAGAAAGAGGGAUCCUCACUGCCAUUCAAGAGGAGAAGCAGCUUGGAUUAUAUUCCGCCUUCCUUGAGUGGAGGGACUCCAGCCCCCUCUGAAGCAGGCAGCUCUGUGUGGGAUUCCCAUCCAGCUCAGAAACUUUCCAGUAGGAAGGUGUCAUGGUGGCUGAAAAGGAGUCAAUCAGUGAGUUCAGCAUCAUCUGGAUUCGGAACACGGAGUUCUGUAGUGAGUGAAGCAGAGGAGCCUGACAGGGUGACCCUGGAAGAGGACAGUGAGAUCUUUGAGGAGGAAUGGAGCAGGCGAGAGGAGGAGCUGAUAGAGAGAAUGUCAAUGAUUGUUGUUGACUCAAAGACAGAGGGAUCCUCACUGCCAUUCAAGAGGAGAAGUAGUUUGGAUGAUAUUCCGCCUUCCUUGAGUGGAGGGACUCCAGCCCCCUCAGAAGCAGGCAGCGCUGUGUGGGAUUACCAAUCUGCUCAUAAGGUUUCCAGUAAGGUGUCAUGGUGGCUGAAAAGGAGUAAACCAGAGAGUUCAGCAUCAUCUGGAUACGGAGUUCUGUAGUGAGUGAAGCAGAGGAGCCUGACAGGGUGACUAUGGAAGAGGACAGUGUAGGUGACACGCCACACUAAACACUGCUCUACACUGUCCCAUGUGGUAGAUUGUGUAACUACUUCAUCUGAUG